CUGCAUGUCAAUAGAGAGGUCAUACCCAGGUCAUGCAUAUGGCGGACGUGUGAUAAAAUUUUGGUGGGUUACCAAAUUUUCGGAAAUUUUUGUCCUCGUAGAGCCUCCAACAUGAACGUCUGCAGGAGUUUCGGCAGUCGGCUGGUGAAGGACAUGACAAGGACAAGAUGGAGAAUGUUCCAGACCGCUUCACUGCCGGUUAUAGGCUCAAAACCCGACACUAACUCAGCGGAAUACCAGGAUAAUUAUGAUAAGAUGCAGAGCCUGGUGACAGACCUGAGACAGUUGGUAGGGAACAUCACACAGGGCGGCGGGGAGAAGGCCAUCCAACGCCACACCUCACGGGGAAAACUCCUUCCCAGGGAAAGAAUCAACUCACUCUUGGACCCAGGAUCUCCGUUCCUGGAGCUGUCCCAGUUAGCUGCAUAUAAACUGUAUGGAGAGGAGGAGGUGCCAGCCGGGGGGAUCAUUACUGGUAUUGGAAGGGUGUCAGGGGUUGAGUGUAUGGUUGUUGCCAAUGAUGCCACUGUGAAGGGAGGAUCUUAUUAUCCAAUCACUGUCAAGAAACAUCUCAGAGCCCAGGAGAUUGCUCAACUCAACAGGCUGCCCUGUAUUUACCUAGUUGACUCAGGCGGUGCCAACUUGCCCCGUCAGGCAGACGUGUUCCCAGACAGGGACCAUUUUGGGCGGAUCUUCUACAACCAGGCAAACAUGUCCUCCAACGGGAUUCCUCAGAUUGCUGUAGUUCUGGGUUCGUGUACAGCAGGAGGUGCGUAUGUACCAGCCAUGGCAGACGAGAGUGUCAUCGUCAGGAGACAGGGAACCAUCUUCCUCGGAGGACCUCCUCUGGUCCAAGCAGCCACAGGAGAAGUAGUGUCAGCUGAGGAGCUUGGUGGAGCAGACCUACAUUGCAGCAAAUCUGGAGUAACAGAUCACUACGCCCUGGAUGACCAGCAUGCUUUGCACAUAGCCAGGAGGAUUGUGGGUAAUCUCAACUACACCAAGUCUCCGAGUGUGACAAUUACAGAACCAGAAGAGCCUCUGUACGCAGCUGAUGAACUGUAUGGAAUUGUGGGAGCCAACCUCAAGAAAACAUUCGAUGUCAGACAAGUGAUUGCGAGAAUAGUGGAUGGCAGUAAGUUUGAUGAGUUCAAGGCCAUGUAUGGAGACACGUUAGUAACAGGUUUUGCCAGACUGUAUGGAUACCCUGUGGGAAUUAUUGGUAAUAAUGGUGUCCUAUUCUCAGAGUCAGCACUUAAGGGAACACACUUUAUUGAACUGUGCUGUAAAAGAGGCAUUCCACUGAUCUUCCUUCAGAACAUCACAGGUUUCAUGGUGGGUAAGGAUGCGGAGGCUGGUGGGAUAGCAAAAGACGGAGCUAAGAUGGUGACCGCCGUGUCCUGCGCCAAGGUCCCCAAACUCACUGUCAUCAUCGGAGGGUCGUACGGAGCAGGGAACUAUGGGAUGUGUGGCAGGGCUUAUGGUCCCAGGUUCCUGUACAUGUGGCCCAACUCCCGUAUCUCAGUGAUGGGAGGAGAGCAGGCUGCUAACGUCCUGGCCACCAUCAGUAAAGAACAGAGAAGACGGGAGGGGAAAGAGUUCACAGCUGAAGAAGAGAAAGCCUUGAUGGACCCAAUCAUCAAGAGGUUUGAGAUUGAAGGUCAUCCAUACUUCUCCAGUGCCAGACUCUGGGAUGAUGGAGUUAUAGACCCAGCUGACACCAGGACUGUCCUAGGUCUGAGUCUGAGUGCAGCUCUGAACGCUCCCAUAGAGAAAACACAGUUUGGUGUAUUCAGAAUGUAGAAUAACUUUCUUACACGUCCAUUUUCAAUGACAAGAAUAUAUGGGAAACAUUGAAAAAGGACACAUAUGUAAAGAGUGACUAAAGUAUAUAGCAUGCAAAUGUUGUCUAGGGUCCAGAUACUUUUUUUUGUGACACAGCAAAUUGUUGUGAAUGUGUCCUGCAAAAUUCCGCUGUCUUGUGAUAGUAAACGUUACAGCUAAAAUAAUACAUUAUUUACUGGUC